AUGGGCAUCUGCCUGGACACUGAUCAACAAGAUAGAUCGAAGGGGUUCGAAGAGUCCGGUGCUCAGAAUACGGAAAAAUGGCGCAGACAGGUGGGGAUAUUGGCGACUCCGCCCGGGGGUAGCUUUCCCACGCAGAAUGCCGGCCCGGUUAGAUUCGAGCCUCCCUCGGUACCGGUUAUUUUCGUACUCGGAGGUCCUGGCAGUGGUAAGGUGACACAUUGUGACAAUUUCACGCAAGAGAAGAAGGGACUGGUUCACAUAAAUAUGACGGAUUUACUGCAGCAGUAUGCUUUGGGUAAUGAUAUGAAGGAUUUUGGAUUACUGAGCAGUAAGACUGUCACUGAAGUUCUCAUGCUCGAAAUGAAAAUGUCUCUAGGGGCCAAAACUUUUCUCGUAAGUGGUUAUCCGAGAAACAUGCGCGACGUUGUCGAGUACUCGGAAAAGAUUCAAAUAGUCAAUGGUGUGAUUUUAGUUGCGUGGGAGCAAGAAGUACUGCAAAGGCAAAUUGAUUAUGGAGCGCAACUUGGCCAAGUGAUUAUCGAAUUAGCGAGAAUAGAGCUGGAAAAUUUUUAUAAAAACGUCAUACCAGUUGCUGAAUAUUUUGAUCAAAGUGAAAUGUUACUCGUGGUAAAUGGCCAACGGAUUCCAUCCGAAGUUUAUGUAGAUUUUAGACAGUCUGUAUUACGUAUACUAGGGCUCGCGGACGAAACUGUUUCCCCGAAAAGGCACGUCUCAAGUUCCAUAGAAGCGGAAGUAAGCGUUGAACGAGGUCAAGACGAGUAUAAGGAAAAUAUUGCACGAAAGAAUGCAAAAAUAAUGGCUGCCCCUAACUCAUUAUCAUCUACACGCGUUGAGGAUGAAAUUGCACCGACCAAGUCGGCAGAUUUACAGAAGAAAAUGCCUCCUCCGAUUGUCUGGGUUUUGGGCGGGCCAGGAAGUAACAAGGCGAUGGUGUGCAGCGAAGCCGUGCGCAAAAUGACGAAUUGGAUUCACCUAAGUAUAAGCAGCCAUUUAAUUACAAUGUCCACGGGCGAUGCGAAAAUUCGCGAAUCACUUAAAUCCGGCGAAUUGGUAUCGUCGGAUAUCGUCAUUAAGUUGGUCGAGCAGCAAAUUAGGGACAAUCGUAAAAGCAGUGGAAUUGUCAUCGAUGGUUUCCCUAGAGAUUUAAAACAAGCUCGGGAGUUCCAAAAUAAGUUCCGCGUGAAACCGCAUAUGCUGCUGCUGGACGUGUCGAGGCUCCAGCCGGAACGAGGUCGACCUUACGACGAGACCGAGGCCUUCGCUCGUAGACUCGAACUCUUCGGGGAGCUUGCUCUCCCGCUACUCAAGAGCCUCGACGCCGAGGGCAGACUGAGCAUCGUCGACGGCGAGACGGAGUUGCCCGCGGACCGGCAGCAAUUCGCCUCGGCCCUAUUGGAGCUUAUGCGGCGCGCGGCCCGUAACGAGGAUGAGCCCAACAGGAUCAGCGUUAUCGAGACUACGGAUGAUGCCACCCACGCAGCUACGUGGAAAACGCCAAACGGAAUGGCCAAGGUCAUCGACAGCGAGCCUACCGAUGGAGGAAUGCAACUUCUGAAAAACGGGAUCCUUCCGGGCUACCGGCAGCGCCCGAAGCAGAGUGAAACCCGGCAGCUCCUGCAGAACGGCAUAUCCUCGCGAAUGGUCAACGGAUUCUUAGGGACCAACAAUCGGAUUGCUCCUGCAUUCUUCGUCGAUCCUCUUAGACGGACUUACAAUGCGGCCCAAAGCGCCCGCGACGCUCCACCUACGAAUCUGCACAUUUAGCCAUACGUUUUGUUUUCUCGAGCACACGUAGACAUUAUUUUCAACAUUUUGCAGAAAUGUAUGGAGCCGAAUGAUAUACAAUGUAGCCAA